GCCAGCCGUGAUUGAUUGGAGGAUUACUGCACAAAAGCGGCGCGGCUCUUUGAGCGAGCCAUGACUACCAUGGAGCGGAAUUUGGAGAGGGAGCUACAUAUUGGAGCAAACGAAUGGCUGAUUACCUUGGAGAACCGAUGCAGAUGGCUACAGGAGAUUGUGAGGGACAUGUCUUUGCAGAUGCAAAUGGCGCCAGAGGUCGAAGGGGGAGCGAUCGCUCUGGCUGGUUGGAUGAAGGACAAAAGUGAGGACAUGCUGGCGAUCAUCUGGGAGCUGGAGGAGGGGCCGGAUCCUCAGCUUGACGUUUGCAUCGAUUGGAGGAGGGCAUAUGGCAUCAUGUCAGUCUGCAAGACCCUAUUCAAUGAGGGUCGCGAUCUGUAUGCUCUUCUGGAAGACCGGUUGGAGGGCAUUAUUGAUCGUGAGGACGCGCACGAGGUAACAGUGGUACCAUCAAGAUUAACAACAACAUCAAUGGAUGGGUGCGACAACAACAACAGUAACAAUGAUAACAACGGCAAUAACACUAACAACAACAACAGCGACGAAAACAUUAUCAACAACAAAAACAACAACAACAACAGCGAUAAUAUCAACCGCAACAACGACGAUGACGGCAGUGACGACUAUGGAAGCAGCGGGGCUGACAGCUGUGUCCGGGCAGUUGCGAUCAUCAGCGACAUGAUGGGGGAGAUGCCGCAAGCGGAUGAASGGGAGAUUGGGGUUGGAAYGGAAAAGGGGUUUGUCAUCUCCCCCCCCCCUCAACGAUAGGGACGAUGACGACAACAAAGAAGACAACAACAA